AUGUCCAAGACCGGACUUGGGAGCCACGGCGAUCCGCCGGAGCCAACCACCGAACUCCGGGGCCCACGACUACCAACUCCGGGACAGCUUUUAGGGCCGGCCUGCCCGGACGGCCUUAUGAAGAUUCUCUAUCCACUGUCAUGUUUGCUCUCGCUGGUCCUGGCCGACAGGCCUGGUCAGGCCGUCCGACAUCCGAAGCACUCCACUUGGAUGCUGGAGAGUGUCAUCGCGCGAGGCGAAGGAAUCAAUCCGGCCGACGGUCUGUUGGGGGUCAUUCAGAAGGUGCAGCACUGUCGUGGCAUGGUCGGAUUAUUCCAGGAAGCGCUCAGAGCAGCCAUCGCCCAGUCCAGCGACGCAGCAGAGAUCGCCAGGUGGUCGGAUUAUCACCGUCGCAGCGUGGAGGCCAACAUAGAGGACCUCCUCAAUGCGACGGCAUCCUCACGCGACCUGUCGCUUGACCGAUUGUGUGUCGGUCGUUCAAUUAUGGAGAUGAAUCUCGAUGAGCCACUCCAUCGCAACGUACUCAAGGCCCUCCGGAAAUCCCUGGAACUGCAAUAUCGAAACGAGAACGCCGGAUUCUGCGACGGCAUGUACGGCUUCGCUCCCUUCGCCGCCUUGUACGGCAUGACCUACGGCGACCCACGUCUAAACGUCGACUCCGCCCUGCUUCAGCUGGAUCUUCUUUACAAGCAGAGCAUCGAGCCAUCCACGGGGUUGAUCAAGCACGGCUACGAUGCAUCGCGAGAAGCUCCCUGGGCGCACCCGAUCACUGGCGCCAGUCCCAUUGUGUGGGGCCGGAGUCUCGCAUGGUACCUGAUCGGCACGGUGGACACCCUGGAGAUCAUCGCAUCCAAGUAUGAAGACAACGCGAAUGCAAUGCGCAAGGACAAGACCGUCCAGCGCAUCCUUGAAAUCUUUCAGCGUCUCGCCCGAGCGACGGUGGAAACCAUCGAGGACUCCGCCGGAAAGACGGGUCGCUAUGCCGUCUGGCAGGUGAUGGAUCGGCCGGGAGAGCCUGGGAAUUUCGUCGAAGCCAGUGCCAGUGCCAUGAUUGCGUAUGUGCUGGCGAAGGGGGUCCGUCUAGGCCAUUUGCCCGGGUCGGGACGUUCGCCAACUUUGGAGGCGGUUGGAAAACACCGUGCAUCUUCGUAUCUUCGGGUCCAGGGCCCGAUGCCGGGUUUCCGUGAUCCAGUGCGAUCUCAGGACGUACUGGCUGUUGCACGCGCUCUCUACCAAGAUGUGGUUGAGCAAUUUGUCGUUCGCAGGCAAGAGGACGACACCCUGGAUUUCCUGGGGACGAGCAUCAUCGCCAGCUUGCAUGAAGAGAAGCCGUAUUACGAGGUCCGUUUUGUCCCCUUUUCGAGGUCCUAUGUCUUCUGGCUAAUGACAAUCUCUGCAGUAUUAUACUCACCGAGCAGUCACAACGAACAGCUUGAUUGGGACCAGUGCGUUUGCCCUAGCCUCCCUAGAGAUGGAGCGAGCGGGCAUCUGAGAGGGGUGGAUAAUUCGGUCUAUUGA